UAUACCGAUAACAAAAAUGUCAAAGCGUUGUGAAAAAAAGUUUUGAUUUACGAAACGUGCAAUUUAAAUCGUCAGGAUGAACAUCGAGAGUAAGAUAAAUGUGCACCAGUCGUCCUUGGUCGGACUGAAAGCAGAAUUGUUGCGGAAAAAAAGCGAAGUCGAGGAAGCAAAGGCGAGCCAGCAAAAUGUCCAGUACCUCAACAAACAGAGGGAAAAGAUCAACAGAAAAUCACAAAAGGAGCAAAAAAAGGAAGAAAGAAGAAAACGAAGGGAGGAGAAAGAAGAGAGGGACGAGGAUCCCGAGACUAUGAAAGCCCACAAAAAGUCACAGCUGAUGCUGCAGGCAAAAUCUAGGUUAUACUCCCAGCUGUCAAAGUCGCACACCACCAUAAAUCCAAAUUUCCUUGUGGAUUUCGAAAACAAGCCAGACUGGUCGGAUCACUCCGAUGAAGAGGACAGGUGUAAAGAUAACGAAAAAGACGAUGAUGAUUACGCGAGUGACUACGAUGAUUCUGACAGUGAGUGGGUGGAGUACACGGAUUGCUUUGGGCGUUCAAGGAAGUGCUUGCGGGAAGAUCUGCCAAAGAUGCGGGAGAAGGAUGAUGAUCUGAGGAAAACAAUUGUAGAGGUUCCACCAAAGAGAGCUAAAGAGCAAGUGCAGUUUUUCGAAGACAGGGAGCCCAUGAAAGAACCAACUAUCGACGUCAUGAGGAGGAAGUGGGAAGAACAAACUGCUAAGCUAGCCAACAAGGCUGACAUUCAUUAUCAGGAUAUUCUGUUUGACGAAGCGAGAUCUCAUGGUGUUGGGUAUUUUGCCUUUUCUCAAGACGAAGAAGAGAGAGCCAAGCAGCAAGAAAGUUUGGUCAAAUUGAGAAAAGAAACUGAGCGAAAGCAGCAGGAAAAUCAGAGAAUACUGGAGAUGAAAGAAAAAAUACAGCAAAACAGACUGAAAGCUGCCAGAAUCAGGCAGAGGCUCAGAGCUGGACUGCCUCUUGAGGAUGCUGAAGAAGACAAAACUGAAAACAGUAACGAGGCAUCAAAUCAAGAAGACAAUGGCAAAAAAGAGAGCGUUGUGGAAAGUGUAGAAGCUCAGAAAGAGAAAGAAAAUGACGAGAGCAGUAAAAAUGUCGAUAGCAAGGAAAGCAGUCAGGAUGAAGUAGCUAGGAAAAAACUUGAAGUUAUCGAGGACAAGGUGAAGGCCUUUGGUGAAUUAUUGGGUAAAAGAAAUAAAUGGUAUGUCAUGUCCCAAGAUGAAUGGGUGCAAAAGAAGAGAAAAGAAAGGAUAGAUGAGUUUGCACCAACAUACAAGAACUUUGAACAGGGUGAAACUUUAAAUAGUAAUAGAUCCUUGAAAGAUUCAACAAAUAUCUGCGAAUCUUUGAACAAAGACUCGGAUGUGAUUGAUCAUAAGGCUCCUAAUCAAAAUAAAUCGAGUGUUAUGGAACCUGCGCCACAACUUUUCAGUGUAGAAAGUUUUGAUAGGUCUGUGCCACCACCUUUGAAUAUAAAUUUUACAGGACCAAUGCUACUAUCUACAGAUUACAUAGGACCGGCACCUCCUACAUUGACUGAAGAAUGUUAUAUUGGACCAGUACCACCACCUUUGGAAGCUUUUAGAGAACCAGUACCUCCUUUAUUGCCUAAUGAAGAUUUUAUAGGCCCCGUACCACCAUCUUCAGACAAUUGUAUAGGACCAGUAUCUCCACCUGCUCCAAUAGAUAUCCCACAAAUUUCCAAAGAUUUGGUGUCCAAUGUAAAUGUUGAGGAUCAGAUUGCUGCUGGAUUGAAGUUUUUGAGACAACAGUUUGAAAGCAAACAUCGUAAGAGAUAGUGUCUAAUGAGAAAUGUGUGGGA